UUUUAUAAAUACGAGAAUUAUGAAUUAAAUAAUGUGUUAACUAAUCUUUUAUACAUCUGUUAUGUUACAGAGGAGGUAUUCAGCUCAAACAAGGCGCUCUGGUUUUCUCCGAGCGGUACUAAAUUGGUCUUCGGCUACUUCGAUGAUUCGAGCACUCCUAUAAUGACUAUACCAUUUUACGGAUAUCCCGGAAGCUUAACUUUCCAAUACACGUCAGCGAUACCGAUCCACUAUCCGAAAAGCGGCACGACGAAUCCAACAGUCAAACUAUUUUGCGUUGAUCUCGACAUGGUGGUGUUGGGUAACGUGACUUUGGUGGAGAUCGAACAUCCGCUGGAGCUGUCUACCUCCGAAAGGAUCCUGUCGGCGGUGGACUUCCCCACGGACAGUCUCGUGUACGCGACUUGGAUGAACCGGGUGCAGAACAGGGCGUAUUUCCAGCUUUGCGACGUCGGCAGUCUGCUGCCAAAUUGCACGACAGCACUCUCGUAUGGCGAGGAAAACGGCUGGGUAGAGCAGUUCGAAGCGCCUAUAUUCAGCGAGGACGGUACGUCGUUCCUUCUAAUAUUACCGCAGAAACAGAAGAACGGCAGCGAUUGGCGACACGUUGUGCUGGUUACGAAUGCAACUAGCGGCAGACCGACCACCACCGCCCUCACCUCCGGCUAUUUCGUUGUGACGGAGAUAGUAUCCUGGGAUCGGGAGGACUCGUAUCUAUAUUACUUGGCCACUUCGGAAUCCGAUACGGCGGUUCAGCAUUUGUACAGAGUGUCGCUGCUGGAUUCGGGACACAAGUCGGCGGCGUGUUUGACUUGUAACGUUGUCAGAGAGAAGGACGGCAGCCGCUGUUUGUACAACAGUGCUAAAUUCUCCACUGACAAUUCGCAUUACGUGCUCACUUGUGCCGGGCCUGGAGUACCCGACAUCGCUAUCUACAAUAAGAAUUCCACAUUGCUCUCUGUGUGGGAGGACAACAACGUAGUAACUGAUAUAAUAGUGGAAAAAUCGCAGCCAAUCGUCCAAAGGUACAAAAUCCCAGUUCCUGGUGGCUUUAACGCCCAAGUGAGACUUCUGAUACCACCCGGCGCUGACCUGACCGGUGCCACCAAGUAUCCUAUGCUGGUUUACGUGUACGGUGGCCCGGAUUCGUAUCAGGUGACGGAGAAAUUUAAAAUCGAUUGGGGCACGUAUCUUGUAACAAACAAAAGUAUCAUAUAUGCCGCCAUUGACGGUCGCGGUUCCGGAUUAAUGGGUAACAAUAUGCUGUUCGCUGGAUACCGACGCCUCGGCACCGUCGAAAUUGUCGAUCAGAUCAACGUUACCAGGCAUCUGCAGGACAAAUUGCCCUUCAUUGACCGUACAAGAACGGCGAUAUGGGGUUGGAGUUAUGGUGGAUACGCGACCGGCAUGACGCUCGCUAUGGACUUAAAGGGUGUCUUUAAGUGCGGCAUGUCUGUCGCGCCGGUUACGGAUUGGGCCCUUUACGAUUCGAUUUAUACCGAACGGUUCAUGGGUCUGCCGACCAUUACCGACAAUCUGCAAGGCUACGAGCAGGGUCAGUUGCUCAAUAAGGUGGAAAACAUCAAGAAUAAGAUGUACUAUUUGAUUCACGGUACCCUGGACGAUAAUGUGCACUAUCAACAGUCGCUUAUGCUCGCGAAGGUGUUGGAACAGAAAGACAUUCUCUUCAGACAACAGACGUACACGGAUGAGGACCACGGUAUUGUCCAAUCGCGGGCGCAUCUGUACCACUCGUUAGAAAACUUCCUGGACGAAUGCUUUGAGACGUCAUCAUGAUCGGAGCACGGGAUAGUGAUGACAAUCUAGAUGCUGUACACCACCUGCCUCACACUUGUAAAUACUUUGUCACGUGUACAUAGUUAAUGUACGAUAUGUAAUAUGAAGGUUUAAAGAGUGUACAUAGCGGUGUGAGAUUGCCCAGGAAGGAUGGGAGAGAUAGAGAGAAAGAGAGAGAGAGAGAGCGAGAGUGAGCGUAAAAUGGAAGAAGAUAAAGUAAUUAAUUAGGCACUAGUGUUGUCACAAAACUAUGCAGGGCAGAGGUCUGUAAAAACAUAUUUGAUACGUUUUUUAAAGUACCCGAUCAAAUGGUGUGUCGAAGGCCUAAUAACGGCGCGAGCUCCAGUUGCCUCGCCGUUCAGACCUCAUUAGUGUGUAUUCCGUAUCGUUGCAGACGUCGUACUUACAGCGCACAAGCACUGUUCUAACGUUAUAUUAGCACGCAAAGCGUUAUUCCCCGGAUGGUCGAAUGAACCAAUCAACGUCAAGUUCGAAUUGCGGAAAUGGAAUUGGACGAGGAAUUUUUUACGAUUUAAUGUCAAUUUUUAUUUAAUAAGUCCACAAUAUUAUUUGACGAAAUAUUAAUCCCAAAGUUCUACUAUAUAUCAUCGAUAUUAAUAAUUAAACAAUAAUUAAUCGGCAAAUUCUUCAAUUAAUAUAAAUUCCUCAGUAAUCUAUACGUGUUGAAAUUUUUCUUAGGAUUUCUAUGAAAUAGAAAAAUUACGAUUUUGUCUUUGUAGAAUACAUACUAAUUGUAAGUCGUAUUCUUAUCACUGAAUUAAAUUAAAUUAUGUAUACUAUCAAUAAUUUGACCAUCUGGAAAAAGAUAUUCCAUAUAUUUAUAUAUUUUAUUUAAUAUAUGUUAGAUUAUCUUUUGAUUACUGUAAUUGCACCUUUUUUGACAAAAUAUCAAGUUGAUGUAUCAAGAAUGUUCACAUAUAUGAGUUCAGUUAUCAAAUCUUGAUAAAAGAGAAUUUUAACAUUAAAAAAAUAUAUAUAUAUAUAAAUCUGCGCUGUCGCAUUCACGCGCGCGCACAUGUAAAAACAUAAAUAUAAAUAUACCUACUUUCAAAAUAAAUUAAAAGAAACAUGCUCAAGACUUAAUAAUUUUUGUAUGUAGUUUGAAAGUAAAAAAAAUAUAUUCCAUACUAUAAAAUUGUUAUUGGAGUUCUUAAAAUAUAUUUAACAUUUCAACAUUUAAAAUGUAGAGUACACAUGAAAGUUUCUUACUACAUAAAACGGAUGUUUGAAAUUCUUAAAUUUUAUAUUGAUAAUAAAUUAAUUUUUUAUUCACGAAUAAUACGUUUUUCAUCACAUAAAAUAUGUGUCGACCUUUCGACGAUAAAAUUAAAAAGCGAAAGUACACCGUUUAUUGUGUACUGCAAGCACUUUUUGACAAUAAUAUUAUCGAUGAUAUUCUGAAAGGUAACAAUUAUUAUGGUCUAUUCAAUAUAUUUUUACAAUUUGUAUUUGAAAAUAUCUUCAAGUAAAAUAAUAGAUUGUAUGUUUAAUAAUUUUACACACAAAAUUUUUUUUAAAGAUAUUUUAAUGGUAUAUGUUCUCUCAACAAAACUUAUGUUAUUAUAUUAAUAUUAAUAUCACAAAAAAUAUGGUAAUUUUAUUGUGAUUUUAAUACCAAAUGCGAGGGAAUAUGUUUUUUUUUAAUUAUUUUAAAUUAAUUACAGUUGUAAUCAAUCACAAGAAUGUAAAAUAUGUAAUGUGACACCAUUUUUUUUUAUCAAUUCUUAUCUAUCUUAUUCUUAUCUUUUAUCUAUCCAGAUUUAAUUAUAUUCUGCAAAAUUAUUUAACUACGUUUAGCAUUUCCAGUACGAUUAUUGAUAUUACCAUCAAAUCUUCAUCAAAUUUAAUGCCUCGUACAUUCGUCUAAUGGAGAUAUAUUUAAUAACAUCAAAAUUAUUAAAUUGUCUCCCAAAGCAUACAUAAGUAAACCUAACAGCUUUUUUAGUAUUCAAAGAUUCAGAUCCAGUUAUAGGUCGAUAAAGUAAUUCAUAUCUCUAUUGAUAUAUCUUGCUUUGUAGAGUAUAUACUAAGUAUUCUUGCCACUAAGUGUAUUUGAGUUAUAACUUAGAAAAUCUAGAAUACAAAUUAUUAUAUUCAAAAUUAAAUUCUAAGUCAAAUUAUAUUAUAUUCAAAUAAAGAUUUACUUAUACAAUAUACAUUUUCAUAUAACUAUGUUACUUAAAUCUUUAUUAAGAACAGAAAACUAAUAAUAGUAAUAAUUAUUUCGUUCUUUUAUUAUUCCUUAUAAUUAAUAUGCAGUUAAAGAAAUUAUUGGUCAAUAAUACAUUACAACAUUUAAAAUCUCGAUAACGGAUUUAUACUCAAUAUGUAAAAUGUGCUAAAUAAUUUUGAUUUUAAUACAAAAAUGAAUUUUCUGAACUCAUAUAUGUUAUCUUAAAGCUCUGGAAUACUCCAUAAAAAUAUAAAACUCUUAUGUGUAAAAAGAAACAAAUUAAUAUGUUGUUUACUCCGAUAUGGGAUAUUAAUGACUGUUAGUAAUUAUACAUUAUGUUAAUUGAACGAAUCUUGAAAUAAGAAUAUUGGAUACGAGCACAGUUUUCUCAAUAACUUUGCAAUAUUUGCGGACGAUGUAACCAAUUUUAAUACAUAAAAAUCAAAAUUUUGCGGCAGAAAAAUGUGAAAUUAAGCCAAUCAAUUUUUGAGAUAUAUUUAGGAAUGUUCUUGAAACGUAACAUAUUUUCACAACUGUUUUUUGAUGAACUGUUGUAACGUUCGUAAUUUUUAUGGAAGUGCGACAAUGUAAGACAUAUGAUGACUGACAAGAAAUUAUGUAGGAAAUGGUAACUAAAUUAUACUUUCAGAAUCGAUGAUAAUGUACGUAUUGUACGUGAAAGCAAUGUUUUGUAAUGAUCUGUAGAUAGGUGAUACAUUAUUUUUUGUAUCGCUACAAACUGCUGCACGUUUCGAGAGAGAAGCAUUUCACUAUGAAAAUAAUAUGUACAAAGACAUUUCCAUGAAAAGAAUAUAUAAUAAAAGCGUAUGAGAUAUGCACAAGUUAAACAUAUGUUUUGUAUAAAACAUACAUAUACUUUAUGCUAUGGAAUAUAAUAUUUGGGAGUAUAAGCAUCGCGUUUGAUAACUGCAUUGUUAAAAAAGAUAUUGAUCCUAAUAUUAUUUUAAUAUGUAAAAUCUUUCGAACGAAAGAGGUGCGUUAAUAAUAAGAUCCUAUCAACCGAAACUUUUGAAAUUGAUUUCACCAUAACACAAAAAUAAUAUUACUUAGAUUAUAUGGAUAGGUAAUCUAAGUGCAAAUGCGUAGAAUUACACGCGAGUAACUUUACUUUAAAAUACAAAAAUAAAAACUUUCACGAAUCUUACUGCAAGAAUUUUUUAUAAUAUAAUUCUCGACUUUUUAAUAAUAUAAUUCUCAAAUUUUUAAUUUUCUAAAAACUUAUAAUAAAAUUUUCCAAAUUUAAAGAAAAAUCAAUUCAAAAGUUUCUUUAAGAACAGAUAGAUUUUAGGAAAAAACUAUUCAGUGCAUUUUAAUUGUCAGAAAGAGUAAUUUAUGCGUUCCAUGUAUCGAUAAUUACAAAUUUUGUCUUUCUGUUCUAGCUUAUACUGUGGGUAUACCAGAGUGUUAAGAAAGUACAAUUACAUCAAUUUAUAUCAUAUUUGUAUAUCUAUAGUUUAUGUAAUGAAUGGCAUAUAAAAUUUAACAAUUAGUUUAUGGAGACACUUUUUCCUUAACGUAAGAUAGCAUAUCUACUUCUUAUUAUUGUUAGACCACGGGCAAGUAUUAGUGCCAAUGUAUAAAUGCAUACCUAGGAUAAGUACAAGGGACUAUCGACAAAACCCUCAAUUAAAGUUUUUUAAUGCAAGGACCACUGUAACAAUUUUGAGAGUGGAUCAAGGUGAAUUUAUUAAAAAUAAUUGUUAACUUUUAUCCCGACACACACGCGCAUUGUAUAUACAAAAAUUACUUACUUACACUUAAUUAAGGUAACGGAGCAUUGUUAGAAAGAAGAUAUUGUGACCCAGUAGAGUUAUGAAAUUAUGACAAGUGUACUCUCUUUCACCACUAUUUGUUGAGUGUAUUAUAAAAAUAAAGCUCUAUGUUUUAUUAA